CAGUGCUUUGUCUCCCCAGAGAAGACCAGACAGCUCCUUUUUCACGGGGCGCAGGCCUGCAUGGACCAUGUGUGGGAGGAAGGCUGUGCUGUGGUUGACCUACCGGAGUCCCCGAAGCCAGGUCUCAUGGAAGCCCCACGGGCCACGCGUGGGCAGAUGCUGAUCGGACCGGAUGGCCGACUGACCAGGAGGGGAGCCCAGGCCUGCGAAGCCGACGUGUCUGGGGCAGCGUCCAGAGCCUGCUCCUCGUGCGUGCGAGCUGUGGACGGGACAGCGGCGUGCGGCCAGUGUGAGCGUGCCCUGUGUAGGCGGUGUGUGCGCACCUGCAGCAGCUGCGGGGUUGUGGCCUGCACCCUGUGUGCCCUUGUGGACUGCAGUGACGUUCACGAGAAGGUGCUCUGCGCCAGCUGUGCCAUGUUCGAGUGCUGAGGGCCUGGUGGAUGUGGCCUUGCCUGGACGACCUCGCUGCUAGAUGACCUCACUGGCAUCGGUGCAG